AUGGACGCUGACGUUUCCUCGCGGUAUCGAUCGCGAAUCAUGCGAGAGAUGAACGCCAACCGCGACAAUCCCUUCAACUCCCCACCCUCCUCUACCGGCUCUCACGGCACCGUGAGCCCGACUCUUACCUCAGUUCUCUCUGAUAUCGACGGCGAAUCUACCCGCAAGCUCAACGCGGAUAUUGCUAGGAUAACCGGAAAGAAGUUCCAGGUCAAUUGGGAGGCUGCUCAUCGCAAAUGGCCCGAUUUCUAUGACCUGCCCUCAAAACGCGUCUCAUCCUCUUCUCGGGACAACAAGCCUCCCACCUACCCUUCUCAGCUCAAUUUUGACGACGACGACGAUUCUACACAAGACGCGUGGAGGGGCUCCAAUAGGACGCGUGCCCAGAUGCAGCCCAGUGUGCAGAACGAGUCCGACACGUCCACCAUCCUCUCCGGCAAGCUUCACCACAUUCGAUCCGCGUCCACACAUUUCGACCACGACCAGUUCCAAAACACGCCCCUUCCCCCAAUCAGGCGCACUAUCGAAGCCCUUCGAGCCCUCAUAUCGUUGCUGGCGUUUUCGCCCGCCGUCCAAAAGUCCCUUGAUAGGCAGCUUCCCAUGUCCAGCCCUGGCCAAAACAAUACCACGGCGCGCUCGUUUUGCAUGCCCGAUAUUUCCUAUCUCGGCGACUUUGUUUCUGGCACCCUUCGCUUCAACGGAAAGGUCAAGAAUGGCGUGCCUAUCCUCGUGAAGCAUGGCAAAGUGAUCGAUCUUAGCUCGAAGCAAACGCCUAGCAAUCAUGUGGAAGUGGACGGCUAUGAGAUUCCUGAAGAUGAGGAGCGUAUCUUUGUCUCCAUGGAUAUGAUCCGAGACGAAAUCAUCACUCUUCAGGGUCACCACGAUAAUAUUCAGAAGCAUGCUGAGGAAUUGCAAGGUCAAGUAGAACAGCUCCAAAGCCAGCUUGCGCAGCUCAAGAUGAGGCGGUCUGUUGAUAGUGGAUUUGGCUCAGAGCCCGAUGGUGCGAUAUUUGCAGAACUGGAGGAGAGAGUAACGGAACUCGAGAGGUUCCUGUUGGAGGCGAAUAGCCAGCUCAAUGAUGAGGGAAAGAAUAACGACACCUUGUCCCUUGAGCGGGAUCGAGCUCUUAAGAAGCUCCAGGAUGCAUGCCACAACAUUGGUGACCUGAUGGACCGCCUCGACUCGAGGGAACAGGAGUUGCGCGACACCCAAAAGCAACUGGAUGUUACUCUCAGCUCCAAGGACGUCAAUAGCACGCUUCGAGAGGAGCUGGAAAACACAAAACGCGCGCAUGAGAGCUCGGUUCGCGAGGUCUCCUCUCUGAAGGAGACCAUCAAGCAGCUCCAGGAGGAGCAAAGAAGCCAGCAGACGGAGACGGAGUCCCUCCGAACUGACAACAUCUCCCUUCGUCGCGAGCAAGAGUCGCUGAUGACCGAGAAUCGAUCCCUCCGCUCCAACGCGCGCUCCUUGAUGUCCGAAAUCGAGGGCCUCCGCCAGACCUCGGAGGGCGCCCAAAACGACAUGGAAGCGGUUCGGGAGGAGAUGGAGAGCCUCCAACAGGAGGUCCAAGUCCUCGAGCAGGAAAAGGCGACCUUCAAAGAGGACAAUGACAGCCUCGUUCGGCACAACGAGAAGUACUUUAGCGAGAAUAAGUUUCUUCGCCGUGAGAACUCGGGCUUCGAGCGAAGCCUCCACGACCUUCACGAUGAGAACCUCCAGCUCAAGGAAGAGGUCGAGUUCCUCAAGCAGCAACUUGACCAUGUCCGACCUACCGGCAGAGACGAUCUAAGUGGAAAUUUCUCGAGGCACGAGGAUGAUAACAUGACGUCCGGGUUCACUGUGCCCGAUAUCACCCUGCAGAGGAAGGAGACUGAGGUUGCCGAAGAUGGCGCAACGGAGACCGAUAUGCUCCCUCCUGCCGACGUGACGGCGCAGACCCAGGAUGCCACGGGUGACCAUGAGCAGGGCGACAGGUCAAUGGAUAUUCGCGAAACUAUCGAGAAGGACGACAGCGUUGUGGUUACCGAAACUCAGGCCAAGGACCGCAAGAAGACAAGGAAUGCCCGCGACAACACCUCGCAGCGGGUAGCCUUCUCUGUUCCGGACGCCGUACGCUCCGAGACCAAGGCCAAGUCCAACAGCGCGGCCAAGAGGCGCAACAUACCCGCUCGCGAAGCCGCUAAGAACGACUUUGCCAUCCCUAUCAAUUUCCCCUGGACCAGGAGAGCACCGGCUACCACAAGCGGACUGGGUAGGAAGCCCUGUCCCGCCCUUUCUGAAAAGGCCCGCCGCAUCCUUGAUAACCUUUGCGACCACAGCUGCCGCAACUGCGUUGUCUGCAGCCGCAUCGUCGGGCAUCAGGGAACCGUGUCCGCUGCUGAGAUGGCGGAGGGCAAGAAGAGGAUUGUGGUGCCCCGACCCAUCGCUGUGACGGAUCGUAUGAACGAGGUCUCGGAAGAUCCAACCAUGCGUCCUUCGCAGCCGCCUGGCCAGGCUCUGGCUCUUGUCAUCAAGGGUCUCGAGGAUGAGGCUGCCCACUUGAGUAUGGAACUGACGAAGCUUCAAGCGCUGUACAACCUCAGCGACAAGUCCCACGGCAAGCGGGACCGUCGCGAGCUCGCUGCUGAUAUCCAGAGCAUGCUAAAGAAGCUCGAGGUCAAGAAUGAUCAAAUCUAUGCCCUCUACGAUGUUCUCGAGGGCCAGAAACAAGCAGGCCAGGAGAUGAGCGAGAACGAGCUCGAGAUGACAAUCUAUAGCAUCACCGGCAUGACGGUCAGGAGGUCACGGACAACAUCACCUGGAACGAAUGACACAUUGGAGGCAUCGUAUCGGGUGUACUAG